AUGAAGAAAGAUUUAAAUAAAAGACCAAUAAGAGCGAGAAGAAAGAAAACUAUGAACUCAUUUUAUUACAACAGUGAUUAUAGUAACGAUUUAAAUAAUGAAGAUUCAAAAAAUAGAAUAAAUUUUCUUAACAGAUUAGAAACAUCAGAAGGAUUUGAAACAACAACAGGAAUUAAUAAAACAAAAGAGCCAAGAAAAUAUCAUGCCUUAUAUAACCACAACCAAGGAGUAGGAAACGAUAAUCAAAUGAUGAAUGAAAUGCAAGGUGAUUCUACAAUUUCUCAUGAAAAUAAGAAAAAUGAUUUUUUCGAUGAUGAUGAUAAUAAUAAUAUAAAAGAUUCUAGUGAUAGUGAAAAAAGAAUGAAAAUGAAGAACCAUAGAGGUCAGAAGGAGGACAUUUUAAAUAUAAAGAAUGAAGUAAAAAUGGAACAUAAUAAUAAUAGUAACAGUAAUAAUAACACACAUAGAGCAGAUAAAGGGAAAACUUACACGGGUUCAAGUGCAUCUGGUAAAACUAGUUGUAGUCGUUCAAAACAUUUAGGGAAUAAUAGUGAGAAUAAUUAUGCCAAAAUGGCAGAAAAAUUACCCCAUGUUGUUGGAGUUAGAUUUGACAAAUCUCAAAACAGAUGGUUAUCUGGUAUAUGUAUCAAUGGGAGAUGUAUCAAUAGAUAUUUUCCUGUUUAUAAGUAUGGUUUUGAAGAAGCCAGAAGACUAGCUAUACAACACAGAAAAAAUUUCGAAACAGCCAAUUUGGGACACUUAAAAAAGCAACAAGGAGAAUCCAAAACAUCACAUUUAAAUUUGUUAAACAUUAAUUCACAAAUACCAAAUGGAUUCAAAGACAUCCAAGGAAAAAACAAAUUGAUAUUUAAAUACUUGUCCUAUGAUUCCAUUCAAAAAGAAUGGGUAGUCACAUAUGAUUACGAUAACAAGGUAUUAGUUAAUAAAUUUCCAGUAGAUAUAUAUGGAUACAAUAAUGCAUAUGAAAUGGCUGUUCAGUGCAUUAACAAACUGACCGUAUGUAAUCAAGACAAAAUGUGUAAAAAUGUCAACCAAAAUGAGAAUCAAAGUGCUAAAAAUUUCAAGGGUGAUAAUAUGAAAGGAACAAUGAAUUCAGAAAGUGAUGUAAACGAACAAGGUGGCAAUAGUAUUGUAUCGUCAUUAUCAUUACGUAAAGAAAAAUCCAAUAAAUUAUUCAAUAUAAAUAAUAGUGGAAAUUCAUCAAUAAAUAAUAAAUUAGUAGCACCUCUUGACAGUGACGAAAUGAACGGUAUAAUAGCGCACCAUGAAAACAAUAUUCAUAAGGGCAUAAGCAAAAACUUGAGUAGUGGAGAAUAUAAUAAUAAUAAUAACAAUUACAAUGAGAAUCUCCUUUCUGAAUCAAAACAAAAAGUAGGAAAAAUGGAUUCAGAUUCCAUUAAUAAUGGAAAGGAGAAAAGAACAUAUUCAAACGAAUAUAAUAAUUUUUAUAAAAAUGAAACAUCCCACGUAAGCAAUGAUUUUCAUUAUUUUAAUAAUGGUGUAAAACGGAUGAACUCCACGAAUAAUUUUGAAAAUGACAACGAUGAUGGCAAUGGCUUAAUGAGGAACCACAAAUUUUCAAGUAAUAGCGUACAUGGAGAGAACAGAAGCAACGCAAACAAAAAUAUAAUAAAUACCAGUUCCAGUAGCAAUAACUUCAAUUUUAAACUGGAUCCAUUCAACGAAUCAGGUAAUACAUCAGUAAAUCCUAUUAAUCAUCACAUUUUGGAAAAGGAUGAGGUUAUUAACUCAUCCUAUGAUAGCCAUAUAAAUAUUCUGUGGAACAAAAACAAUAAUAGCAAUAACAACGGAUCCGAUAAAAACAAUAACACAAAACCAUAUAUAAGUUAUUAUAAUAAUUCAAAAAAACAUAAUGAUGAUAAUAAUUCAAAACUUCUUCAACUUUUGAAUUCCAAUAUUAUAAACGAGGAAGAUAAAAAUGCAUACCACAUGUUAAACAAUAUACUUAAACGAAACAGUUUAAAUACUAAAUCUUUUGAUAAUAAUGGUGGUAAUAACAGUAAUCUGAACCAAAAUAUAGAUGCCGAACAAAAUGAUAAAAGGGAAAUGACAAAAAGGAAACACACAUUAAAAAAAAAACAGGAUAAUGAAUCAAGAAAUAAUAAUGAUGACUACAACAAUAUACAUAACAACAUGAACUCAAGUAAUAAUAAUAAAAAUGUGACGUCAAGAUUCGGAAGUGCCGGUAUAACAGAUCCUAAAAUGCUUGAAGCAUUUUUAAAAUUUAAUAGUAACAAAGAUGGAGCGGGGGAAGUUGAGCAUGGAGGAGGGUUAUUAGAUCCAUUUAUAAAUUUGGAUGAAAGUGGAAAUGUUAGAGAAAACAGAAAAGAGAGAAAUGGGUUAUUACAAUAUUAUGGAGACAAUGACAACAGAGGAGAAGAACAGGACUGUAGCGCAGAAAUGGAUCAUAGCAGCGAAGAGGAACAUAACAUAAACAGAGAGAGAAACAACAACAGUUUUGAAGUAAAUUCAAACCAUGGAAGAAGAAGAGGAAGGAAAGCACGUAACAAUGAUGAUUUUUUUCAAAAUGAAAAUAAAAAGGAUGGAAAAAAUCACAAAAUUAGUGAAUACUUAAAUUACGAAAAUAUACUUAAUUUUAAUAGAAUGAUAAGAAAUAUAAUAAAGAACAAUAAUAAUAAAUCUGAGAAUAAUGAAAAAGUUAUUAAAGGAAUUAACAUUUUAAAAAACAUGACGACAUCACCUGUGAAUGAUGAUAAUACAAGUAAAAACAACGUAUCCAAUACGGACCGUAUAACUGAAAAUGUUAAUUAUUCUUCACCAGGAGAAUAUAUGAAUAACAGCAUACAAGAUAUAAUCAAAAGAAACAUUGAAUAUUCUAUAAAUUAUGACGAUUUCAUUGUGGUAAAAAAUGAAGCAGAUGAUGUUGGUGUCGAAGUGGAUGUUGAUGCUGAGGCUGAGGCUGAUGUUGACGUGCAUGAUGAUAAUGAUGAGAUGAACAAGAAUCAAGAUAAAGAGGAGAAUGAGUUAUCAUUAAGGGACUAUGAAAAUACAAAUAAUUUGAAUGAUAUCAUGAAUGAUGAAGCAGGUGAUGACAUUACCAACACUAACGAUGUAUUAACGAAGAAGACAAAUAUUGACGAAGAUGAAAAUUUAAAUGGCGAAAAGGGGGACAAUCUGAAUAGGGACGAAAAUUUCCAUGAAAAUAAUAAGAAUGAAGAAUGCUUAGAACAUAAUUCAGAGCAUAAAACGAAUCAUUAUAAAACGGAAAAUGAAACAAACGAGGGUAUAUCAGAAAUACAGAUGGGUGAGGAGGGUAAUAGUACAGCAGUACGAAACCAACGUAAGAAAAAAAAACAAAAAAAUGAAUGUAAUAACUCCAUUGCGAUGAAGUUAUACCCGUGGAAAAAAGGAAUACAAUGGAAUAAAUUAAAAAAUAUGUGGAUAUGUAAAUUAUGGGAUGAAAAUGGAAGCGAAAUAACAAAACAUGUUUAUGUAAAGAACAAAGAAGGAGUAGAAAUUGGUUAUAGCUAUUGUUCGAAAAUACGAGUUAAUUCGUUUAAUUUUUAUUUAUCCAAAGAAUUAAAAAAAUUUCCCUCAAUUGAAGAAAUUACACAUGAUUUGCAAAAUCUCUGCUUUUGGGUGGAACAUGGAAAUGAGGAUGGAAAGGUCAGUUUUUCCUUCGAGGGAGGAAUAUGCAAAGCCUUUGCUGAUGCCGUGGAAUAUUUGAAUAAGAAAAAAAGAGAGAACGACGCAGUAGGGCAAACAGGCAAGAGAUCCUCCAUAAAUGAUGAGGAAGAGGAGGUGCAAGAGGAGAAUGGUGACAGAGCACAAACUGAAAUGAAUGACCAAAUCGAUGAAGAUAAUCGAACCACAGCAGACAAUCUGUUGAAUGCUAAUAAUGAUACGAGUGCUAAUGAUGAAGCAAGUGCUAAUGACGAAGCGAGAGCUAAUAAUGAAACGAGUGCUAACAGCCGAACGACUAAUAUUAACGAAACUCAUUACGACAUUGCCAGUUUCUUACAAGAGGAAAACACUCACGCACAAUUAGAAGAUACGUUCAAAGAACUAAACUACUUUGAAUGCAGCAAAAAUUUGGGGGCAACGGAAAUAUGCGAAGAGACGAAAUUGGCUCAUAGCUUGAAACCCUGGAUAAAGGGAAUAAUUUGGGAAGAAAGACUGAAAAAAUGGGUUGUGUUUUUUAAAGAUAAGAAUACAAAUUUACGAUUAAGCUUUUUUAAUCCACGCGAUUAUAACAAUGAUGUUAUUUUGUCUUAUAAAAAAUGUUGCGAUUAUUUUUUUCAAAUUAAGAAAUCAAAUAAUUUUGAUGAUAAUAAGGAGUUCUCAGAGACUCUUAGAAAUUUUAUUAACAACUUUGAGUUCGAUAAAUCUAGUAAUGAUCAGCAGAACAGAGUUAAUAAUGAGAAUGAUGAGAAUGAUAACUACAAUGUUGAUAACUACAAUGAUGAUAACUGUAAUGAUGAUAACUGCAAUGAUGAUAACUGCAAUGAUGAUAAUGCUUCGCGAAACGACUCGGUGCAUGGAAAACAAAGGAACAAGUUAACCAAUUAUAGUGAAGAAAAAGACCACAUAAGCUGUAUUGACUAUAACCAAAUGAAACAUGACGAGGAAAAUAAUCAUAAUGGUAUAUUAACAUAUAUUAACAAGAGAAAAAACAAUAGUAGUGAAAUUUUGGAUAACAAGGGGGGCAAGGGACAUUAUGACGAUGAUGAUCAGCAAGAUGAUGCAGUUUAUAGACAACAUUUUAUAAAUGGUGGAAAAUUCGCAGAAAAAAGAAAAUUUAACUCAAUGAAUAGUGCAAGUGAGAACGAUAGUUACCAUAAUAACUACGCAGAUUUAAAGAAAUUGAUUAGACUAGAAUUACCAAAUUAUGACGUAUCCCUUGGUGCAAGUGCGAACGAUAGUAACAUCACCAGUACAUCUCUACAUCACAACUACAAACAUUCAGCAGAGUCAUCUGAAAUAAAAUACAAUGGGGAAAAUGACUUGUUAACCAUGCAUAAUAGUGAAUUUUUUAAUCACAUUAAUCAUCCAAAAAUUGAUGAAAAUGAAAAGACGAAGAAAAGAAAGAAACAAAACAAGCGAACCACCGGGAAUGGAAAACAUGGAGUUAGAGCAACUGCAGCUGCAAUAACAAUUGGUAGGGGGAAUGCACACAAUGCUGAUACUGGUUGUAGUGAUCUCACUGUGAGCGACGAUGACAACGAAAGUAACAUUAACUGUGGUGGAAGUAACAGAAAUAAGAAAGAGCGAAAUGAUGAGAACCAAAAUAUAAGCAGCCGUAGUAGUAGUAGUACCAGCAGUAGUACCAGUAGUAGUAGUAGUAGUAGAGGUAGUAGAAAUACACACAGGGGACACACAGAAAAUAAGAAGUAUUUAAAUCUGCACGAAAACAGACGAAUAGUUAAUAAUAAUGAUUAUAUGCAGAACGAUGAAGAUGGAAAUUAUAACAUAGACUAUGCAAAAUUUGAGAUAGAAAAAAAAGGAAGUUUAACAAAUCAGUAUAGUCAUACAAAUAACAACAAUAUAUAUCAAGAGGAUGCUAUGACAACCACUACCUCCACUACAAUAUGUACACAUAGAAGGGGAAUAAAAAAUGAAGUAAGUUAUGAUUCAAAUUUUUUAGCAAGUAAUAGUAUUGAAUCGAAUAUUGAUACAAUGAUGAUGGUGAAUGGUAAUAACACAAGUCAUAUUAAUUUAUCGAAACAAAAUUCAGGGAUGGAAUUAAAUGCCAUGUUAGCAGCGUAUUCUAGGAAUGGAGAUAACACAACAACAGCUUCUAAUGUUACGCCAUCCAGCACAAUGGAAAUGCAUAAUAAUAACGUUAAUGUUAUGAGGAAUUAUGAGAAAUACAACAACAUGGAAAAUAGAUCCCCCAAUAAAAGUAAUGAAAAAUUAGAUAGCCUUAUAGAUAGCAAUAUAAAUGUUAGAUUACCGAAAAGUGAAAUAUUAAACCAAGCCGCUAGUUUGCCGAAAUUACAAGGAAUGUUUUUUGAUAAGAGAAGAAAUUAUUGGACAGUGAGUGUUUGUGGAUUUAGAAAAUCAUUUGGUGUUAGAACGAGAGGAGUUUUUCAGGCAUAUAAAUUAGCUGCAGAAUUCCGUAAUCGCAUCUUAGAAACAAAUAAAGGAAAAUGUUACCCACAGAAAAGUUCAAGUUUAUCCAGCAAUUACAAAUAUAAUGUAAAAAAUAAUAAUAAUAAUAAUGGACUUGUUAAAGAUGAAAAAGGUGGCACCACUUUUGCACAAGAUUCCACUGUUCCAAAUGUAGAAGAAGAAUCAUUUAAAAAAAAAGCCAUGUCCCUAUAUAAUAUCACACAUAAUAAUAAUGACAAAGAUCUCUUUCCUUGUACUGAUUCACGAGGAAAUAUAGGAGGAAGAAGCACCCAAAGUACAAAAGGAAAUAAUCUUGCUUCAUCGUCAUCCAGUAUAUAUGAAUAUAUUUGGGAUAAAAAGUCCAAUGGAACUGCAGGAGCAGGUGUCAAUGGUGGAACAACAUAUACUGGCGUUUGCAAUGCAGCAUGUAAUGCAAUUUGUGGAACCGCUUGCACCGGAAUGUGUACUACAAUGGGAGGUGCAAUCUGUAGUGGAGGAGGAGGAGCAUGUGGUGGAAUUUGUUCAGGUAAUUGUAGUAAUAGUAAAAAAGAUAUGACGAAUAAUAGUAACACAAACAGUAUAUGUAAUGAUGACAACUAUGCUGAUAUGGAAGAAAACAAAACAAAUUUUAAUGUAAAAUUGAAUAAGUGCAAUAAUGAAAAAAGACAUAGAGGAGGAGGAAAUUAUGGCUCAUCAUCACCAUCAUCGAAACAUGAAAAUAGUAUGCAGAUGAUGAUGAUGGAUUCAAAUCUCCUGCAUUUCCUAAAUGAAGGAACAGGAUCAGCAUCACCAGGAAGAGGAGGAACAUCAGGAGGGGGAAAUAAUACAUCAAUGAAAGAUAAUAACAAAAGUAAUCAAAUGAAAAAAGGAAAUGGAAACAACCUUUCAUCAAGCAAUAAUAGUGCUAUAAGCAAUAUUGGAAUUACAACAAAUAAUUAUUCACCAACUCAUAUUUACGAAGUUGACAAUAUUAACAGUAGUCAAGAUUAUUACAUAAAAGGGGAAGAUAUAAAAAUGGAUCUGAACAAAUUGGAAGAUUAUAAAAAUGGGAAGACUAAUAGUAAUAGUAAUCGUAUGAGCCCAAAUAUUAAUUUGAUGAAAAGCUCCAUGAACAGUGAUGAUACAAGUAAAAUAUCUAGCGUUAAUUUUACACGAAUUGAUAGUCACGAUAGUUCAAACAUCAACAUCAAUGACAACAAUAGUAGUAGGAGUAAUAAUAAUGGUGAUAAGUGUGGUAACUACAUUAGUACUGGAAGCGGUACUGGCAAUGGUACUGCAGCUGGAAUUUCUAGUGGAACUUCUACCCUUAAUAAUGACAAUUUAUACAAAUUAUUAAGCACGUACAACGAACAAUUUGGACAAGAGGAAGAAUAUGGAAAAAAUGCUAUUAACAACCAAGAAUAUGAUGUGCAUGCCCAAACCAAUAAAACAUUAACAGAUAUGGAAUUGCUAAAUAAAUUAAUAUCACACAGCAUCGAUGAGAAUUUAUGCUUUUCUUAUUCAAAUAAUGUAUCCUGUCCAACAGAAGAUAAUUAUGAAAAUAAUAAAGAAGAUUUAUUUAAAAAUUAUAAUUUUGAUGCUGAAAAUAAAUCAUACAAUUUUAAUGGACUACUAGAUGAAACAGUUGAAGAAAGGGAUAUACGAAUAAAUAAGGAAGUCAAUAAAUGUAAAUUUGUUGAAGGGUUGAUAUAUGAUGAAGCUAAUAAAUGUUUUAGAAUUAAAAUUAAUGGAUAUAGAAAAGCAUAUUCAGUUAUUAGACGAGGUGUCAAAGAGGCAUAUAAAUUGAGCAUUGAAGCCAUACAACAGAUACGCAGACAAGCACAGCUGGAAAACGGAGCCACGAAUAGUGGUAACCUGAACAACAAUUCUGAACAGGGACAAAUAAAUUCCAAUAAUUUAACCCAUUUUUACAACUCCAGCCCCGAUAAUUCAAGACACGGCUCGAUGCAGAAUUAUCAGCAUAAGAACAAGCAGGAUACGCAACAUGACUUGUUAGAUGAGUUAUAUGAGAAUAAUGCACCUGAUUUAAACAAUAAUAACACCAGGCACAUUGAUACCAAUAAAGAUGAUUAUCUUGGAGAAACAAGAAAGAUUCCCCUAAACAGCAUCUUCCCAAUUUUGAACAUCGAUGACAAAUACUACGAUCUGUUAAAAACAGCCAUCGUUAUUUGCUUGAACGACAUCCUCAUGAACUCAAUUCCGAAAGUAUUUCAUAUAUACAGAAAUAUUAUUCAAAAGAAUAACGUAAAACUUGAAGAUGUAAUAAACCAUGAAAAGAAGCGGAAAGAGCAAUCCAUAAAAUACCAUAUAGAAUAUGCUCAAAAUUCCAUAGGCGUGUCUUCUCUUAUUCCGUACCUUAGAUUGUUCAGCAUGGAGAUUUUAAACAACGUCUUACCAUCAACCCAAUCCUUGGAAACACAAAGACAGAUCAUCCACUCCCUCGAUCUGCAGGCCUACAACACGUCCUACGGAUGA